AUGAAGCCCCAGUACCUCGCGUUUACCCUGGCCGCUUCUCUGGGCUCUGCCACUGCCCAAUCUUUGCCAGGCCUCCCAGCUUGUGCUCAAGACUGUGCCAAUGGAGCCAUUCCCUCGGAGUGCAGCCCCGUCGACGUUGAGUGCAUCUGUGCCACUAGAUCCUUUAUUGUUGACAUGGCUUGCUGUGUUGAAAAGUCUUGCGAAGCGGAUGAUCAGCAGACGGCCAUAGACUUUGCCAACGGUAUCUGCGGUGGUGCCGGAGUCACUGAUCUCCCCCAAUCUGCCACUUGUGCUGGCGAUGUAACCACAACCAUCACCUCUAUCGCUACUACUGCCGCUACCGACACUACCACCGAAACCAAUAUCAGCAACGAUGGACCCACCACUACCACCACUGAGCAUACUGGCACCGCGACUACCACUAUCUCGACCGCGUCGGGAAUCUCGACCACGUCCAAGACCUCGACCUCGAGCUUGGCCAUGUCCGGAACGCCGACCUCAACUGAGACCUCAGCUGAUCAGGCAGAAACUGACGGUGCAGUGCUUCUCCAAGGCAAAAACGUUGGUGUCCUUGCGGGCAUUGUUGCCGGUGUUGCAUUCAUGCUUUGA